UGAUAACGAGUAACGACAACAAUGCAAAAAAAUAAAAAAUAAUAUUAAUUACCCAUUUGAUUACGAAUGCAAAUUUCAACUUGAAUAAAUAAUAGCGUCAAUCAAAUUGGGCGAUUUCGGUCUAGUAUAAUAAUUAUUAAUGAAAUUGUACUAAAGUAAAAUUAAUGUAGUGAACUCUACACCGUUAAUAUUAAUUGGUUUAACACACCCAUUCUAUAGAAUAAUUAUAUAGGGACCUAUCGAUGAGAACUACUAUAUAAUAGAUUAAAAAACAAUAGAUCCAAGCAGUUCUUUCUCUACUAUUUCGGAAAAGGAAGCAUGGAAAUUAUCUCGCGAUGGUUUCCAAAUUAAAAAUACACACUAGAGUUCCUGGUAUUAUUAUUCGAAGCAAUCGGUGCUACAAAACUUAUACAAACAACAGUCUAUUUAUGAAAUCCGGAAUCGGAAAGCCUUCUAUUUAUCACGCUCUAAUAAUAACAUUUUUAGAAUAUUUUUCAUGGGGUCUACUCACUUUGCCGACAGUAUCGAAAUUAAACAAUACAUUUCAAGAUCAUGCAUUGCUUAUGAAUGGAAUUAUCUGGGGUGUAAAGGGCUUGCUAUCGUUUAUGAGUGCUCCAUUAAUUGGUGCGUUGUCUGAUGUUUGGGGAAGAAAAUUUUUCCUGUUUUUGACUGUAUUUUUUACAUGUAUUCCAAUACCAUUUAUGGUCUUGGAUUCUGGGUGGUUUUUCGCUUUAACUAGUAUUUCUGGCUUAUUCUCAGUAACAUUUUCAAUUGUAUUUGCUUAUAUAGCAGAUAUAAGCGAUGAAAAAGAAAGAAGCCACUAUUAUGGAUUGAUAACUGGUACAUUUGGAGCCAGUAUGGUUUUCGGUCCUGCUCUUGGUUCAUACAUCAUGGAGAAUUAUGGUUCCAACUAUGUCGUUUUAAUUUCCUCGCUUAUUGCCUUGUUAAAUGUUUUAUUUAUAAUUGUCGCUGUUCCUGAAAGCUUACCAUAUAAACUUAGAAUGUCCACUAAUUGUAUAUCCUGGGAACAAGCCGAUCCCUUUGUUGCUCUAAAAAUGGUCGGUCGAGAUCGUACUGUACUGAUUCUUUGCUUAACAGUAUUUUUAUCAUAUCUUCCGGAAGCUGGAGAAUACUCAUCAUUAUUUGUUUAUUUGCGACUUGUAAUGGGUUUUAGUAUGUUGAAGGUAUCCGUGCUUAUUGCAGUGAUAGGGUUGCUUUCGGCAGCCAUUCAAUCUAUACUCGGGUUAAUCAUGCAAAUGUUGGGUGCUAAAUAUACGAUAAUGAUUGGCUUAGUAUUUGAAAUUAUGCAACUUAUGUGGUUUGGAUUUGGUUCUGAAACAUGGGUUAUGUGGUCAGCUUGUGUCUUGGCCGCAAUUUCAAGUAUCACGUACCCAGCUAUUAGUUCUUUUAUUUCUAUCCAUUCUACUGCAGAUAAACAAGGAGUCGUACAAGGGGUAGUAACAGGAGUGCGUGGUCUUUGCGGUGGUUUAGGACCAGCAAUAUUUGGGUUUACAUUCUAUUUAUUCAAUGUCAAUCUCAAUGAAGGCAUGCAAAUGGCGCAUACUCCAGUUCAGACUUUAAACAACUCAAUUAUUGUUGAACAUUUAAAAUAUAACUUUCACAACGAUCCAUCUACAUCGUUAAUUCCAGGACCACCAUUUGUGUUUGGGUCACUUCUCGUAAUGUGUGCUUUAUUGGUAUCGGUGUUUAUUCCAGAAGCUCCAUGCGGUAAUGAAUUGCGUUCAAAGCAAACUGGUUCUUCGUUGCCAAUGCAAUGUCAAAUUGGUAGAUCUAACGUUCAGUCUUAUUUAUAAACAUCUAGUCAAAAUUAGAUAAUCAACUUAGGUUAUUCAUAAAAAUAAAAACAGUCAUCAUUAUAUUAUUCUGGUACUGAAGUUAUUUGUAGUUACAUAAUGUUUAUUUUAACCAAUUAACUAUGGCUUAUGUAAUAAAGUAAUUGUAGAAAUUCUAAAUUUAACUUUAUGCGGUAAAAUCUAUUUCACUUAAUUAGUCUACAUUAACGAAAAGUGUAUAAGUAUCAAAAAUAAGAUAUUAAUAUAAUUAUCAUCAUAUACAACACUAUGAAAUGCCAUAUUACAAUAAUUUAUACA